AGCAUGCGCGAGAUUCACAUGAGUCCUUGCAGAGUGCGACCAACUUCAUCAUAAAAUAGCAGUGACUCGUGUACAAUAUAGCUUGCGUACAGUACUUCAGAUUACUUUUUAUCGCUAGCUGACCAGCUGGCUGCGCUACGCAGGUUCAUUUCCAGAGUGGUUUGCGUAUCCAACAUGGGGAAAAGAAACAGAAACCGACAAAGAAAUCAGCAGGAUAGAAAUGGAAAAUCAGAUGGAAGGACCAGGGAUAAUGCAGGAUGGGGUGCAGGCUAUUCUGAAAUAAUCAAGGAAAACAAGCUGUUCGAACACUACUACCAAGAGCAGAAGAUCGUUCCAGAUGGGGAAUUUGAGCAAUUCAUGGAGGCCAUGAGGGAGCCCCUGCCAGCCACCAUAAGAAUAACAGGGUACAAAAGCCAUGCCAAGGAGAUCCUCCAUUGUUUGAAGGAGAAGUACUUUAAGGAGAUUCAAGACUUGGAAAUUGAUGGCCAAAAGAUUGAGGCCCCUCAAGCACUAAGUUGGUACCCAGAUGAGCUGGCUUGGCACACCAACAUGAGCAGGAAAAUCCUGCGCAAGUCUCCCCUGCUUGAAAAGUUUCACCAGUUCCUGGUUAGCGAAACAGAGUCUGGUAACAUCAGCCGACAAGAAGCUGUCAGUAUGAUUCCUCCUCUCCUGCUGAAGAUUGAACCUCACCAUAAGAUCCUGGACAUGUGUGCAGCCCCCGGCUCAAAGACCGCCCAGCUGAUAGAGAUGCUGCACUCCGACAUGGACGUCCCUUUCCCAGAGGGCUUCGUCAUCGCUAACGACGUUGACAACAAGCGCUGCUACCUCCUGGUGCACCAGGCCAAGAGACUGAACAGCCCCUGCAUCAUGGUGGUCAACCACGACGCCUCCAGCAUCCCUCGGCUCCAAGUGGACUUCGACGGCAAGAAGGACAUCCUUUUCUACGACCGAAUACUCUGCGACGUCCCGUGCAGUGGAGACGGCACGAUGAGGAAGAACAUCGAUGUGUGGAAGAAGUGGACGACCAGCAACAGCCUGCAGCUACACGGGCUGCAGCUCAGGAUCGCCGUGCGGGGGGUGGAGCAGCUGGCCGUCGGGGGCAGGAUGGUCUACUCUACCUGUUCCCUCAAUCCCAUCGAGGAUGAGGCCGUCAUCGCCUCCUUGCUGGAGAAGAGUGAAGGUGCCUUGGAGCUUGCAGACGCCUCUGAAGACCUACCAGGGUUGAAGUGGAUGCCUGGAAUGACAAGCUGGAAGCUAAUGACCAGAUCUGGGGAGUGGUUCACAAAUUGGUCAGAGGUGCCCCAGGGUCUACACACUCAGAUCCGACCCACCAUGUUCCCACCGACAGACCCAGAGAAGCUCAAAGACAUGAAGCUGGAGAGAUGCAUGAGGAUCCUGCCCCACCACCAGAACACAGGCGGUUUCUUUGUCGCUGUGCUGGUGAAGAAAGCACCCAUGCCCUGGAAUCGCCGCUACCCCAAGCUCCGUCACAAAGAGGCGGAGACGGCGUCGGCCAAUGAUGCGUCCCCGGCCGGACAGCCCCGCCCCACCCCGUCCCCUGGGGGAGAGCCCGUGGAGGAAGGGGAGGCGGUGCUCGAGGACAAGCCUCAGGACCAGGAGCUGGGCGACCCCGCCCCGGAGGCCCCCGGCGCGAAAACGGGAGUGUGUGGGCCUCCGCCAUCAAAGAAGAUGAAGCUGUUUGGCUUCAAAGAAGAUCCCUUUGUGUUCCUGACUGAAGACGACCCGGUGUUCCCUCCCAUCCAGGCCUUUUACGACCUGUCCCCCACCUUCCCCAAGCUCAACGUGCUGACCAGGACCCACGAGGGGAAGAAGAGACAUCUGUACAUGGUCUCCAAGGAGCUACGCAACGUCCUGCUCAACAACAGCGAGCGAAUGAAGGUCAUUAACACGGGGGUGAAGGUGUGGUCUCGGAACAACGACGGAGAGCAGUUUGGCUGUGCCUUCCGGCUAGCCCAGGAGGGUAUAUACACCGUCUCGCCCUACAUCAACGCCCGAAUUAUCAACAUCAGCGUGGAGGAUGUCAAGGUCCUGCUGACGCAAGAGAACCCCUACCUCAGCAAGUUGGGGGACGACGCGCACGCACAGGCCAAAAAACUGGCAAUGGGCAGCAUUGUUCUGAAAUACAAACCAGAUCCACAGAACGCGGACGCCCCUCAGUGCCCCAUCGAGCUGUGCGGCUGGCGCGGGAAGACCUCCAUCCGGGCCUUCGUGCCGCGCAACGAGCGCUUCCACUACCUGCGGAUGGUGGGGGUGGAAGUCUUCCGUGAGAAGCAGGGGCGCAGGGACGACCCCUCCGCCGAAGCCAAGGCGGGCGCUAACGCCGACCCCGACGCCGCCCCCACGGAGGACUCUGGGAAGGCGGCUUCCGAGGGGGACGAAGAGGGCGGGGUCAGCCUCGAGGCGGAUGCGCUGGACGGGGAAGGAGGCGAGGACGACGGCCCCGCUGCAGCCCGCAGCGCUGACGACGCAGACAAAGCGCCGGGCUCCUGAGUGCGGGCACGGAGAAGGGGGAGGAGCGUCGUCCGGGGGGAGGAUCCACACGCAGCAGGAGGCGGGGCUGAUGUGGGCGGGGCAUUGACCAAAUAAGGAAAAGGGGCGGGCGCCGAGUGGGAAGGCAGAGCAGAAGGAAGGUUAUGGGGAUGGCAGACACUGCAGCCCGUUCUGCUGAGCAGUGGGUCUCUGCUAAUUAAGCCAUGCUGGCUGGUAUGUGGAACUCUGAAUUAGAAUAUAAAUAAAAGGGUUUUUUAUUUUAAACAAGCAUUUUUUAAUAGAACUGCAAGCCUCCUCUGUU